AUGAAUGGGAGAUUACAAGGUAGCUUUGCAGCGAGGAAAGGCUUAAGGCAAGGGGAUCCUAUUUCUCCUUUGCUCUUUGUGUUGGUAAUGGAAUAUCUUACUAGGCUCCUUAACCAAGUUGCUCAACAUAGAGAGUUUCAGUUUCAUCCUAUGUGUAAGAAUCUGCAGCUUGUUAAUCUCUGCUUUGCAGAUGAUUUGAUCUUAUUCUGUAAGGGAACCUUCAGAUCAGUUAAUCUUCUAAUGGAGGGUUUUUUGAAAUUUAGUCAGAGUUCAAGGCAGUCUGCUAACCUGACCAAAUCUCACAUUUACUUUGGGGGUGUGGGGGCUGAUGUUAAGAAUAACAUUCUGAGUUCAAUAGUGAUAGAAGAAGGGCAUUUUCCCUUGAAUUAUCUGGGAGUUAAGCUAAAACCCACUAGAUGGAUUUGUUGUAAUUUUCUAUGGGGUGCCAAUGGCCAUUGCAGUAAGUUUCACUGCUCCUCUUGGUCUCAAGUAUGUCUCCCUAAAUCAUUAGGUGGUUUGGGUUUUAAAGAGGGCUGUAAUUGGAACAAAGUUUUACUGGCCAAGUUCAUUUGGGCUGUGUCUUCGAAGCAGGAUGUUUUAUGGGAGAAGUGA